GAGCCGCGCUGAGCUCCGGCCCCGCCGCUCAGCCCCGGCCAUGGCGGCUCCGCUCUCGUAGCCGAGGCCGCCAUGCCGAGCGGAGCCGCCGAGGCCAACGAGGCCGCCGAGCCGGCGCUGCUAAUCCUCCAGCAGCGCCUGCAAGGACUCGGCCUCCGCCAGCCCGGCAUGGAGGAGGAGGAGGAGGAUGACGGCGGCGAGGCGGAGCUGAGGGAAGAUGAGGACGAGGAGGCCGCGCUGUUGUUGCCGGCGCUGCUGCCGCGAGGCCUCGAUGUUGCCGGAGGCCAGGGAAUGAUGGCGGCGAUGCUGUCGCAGGCCUGCGGCGAGGCCGCGGCUGUGGGCGGCGUGCAGGCGCCGCUGCUCCGCAGGAAGAGCGUCAACACCACCGAGUGCGUGGCCGUGCCCAGCUCCGAGCAUGUGGCCGAGAUCGUGGGGCGCCAGGGCUGCAAGAUCAAGGCGCUGCGGGCCAAGACCAACACGUACAUCAAGACGCCGGUGCGCGGGGAGGAGCCGGUGUUCGUGGUGACGGGGCGCAAGGAGGACGUGGCCAGGGCCAAGUGGGAGAUCCAGUCGGCGGCCGAGCACUUCUCGCUGAUCCGGGCGUCGCGCGGCAAGGGCGCGGGGCCGGGCGGGCCGUGCCGCGCGCCCGCGCUGCCGGGGCAGACCACGGUGCGGGUGCGGGUGCCGUACCGCCUGGUGGGGCUGGUGGUGGGCCCCAGGGGCACCACCAUCAAGCGCAUCCAGCAGCAGACGCACACGUACAUCGUGACGCCCAGCCGCGACAAGGAGCCCGUGUUCGAGGUGACGGGCAUGCCCGAGAACGUGGAGCGCGCCUGCAAGGAGAUCGAGAUGCACAUCGCCGUGCGCACCGGCGCCUUCCUGGAGCUCGGCGACUUCCGCGCCGACGGCACCGACGUCGGCUUCGAGGGCGGCCCCGCCUGGCCGGGCGCCCGCCCCACGCACCGCGCCCGCGCCAGGAUGGUCUCCAGCCACCGCAACGACAGCUCCAGCUCCCUGGGCAGCGGCUCCACCGACUCCUACUUCGGCGGCGGCCACCUGGCCGACUUCAGCCCCACCAGCCCCUUCGGCGCCAGCAGCUUCUGGUUCGGGGAGGCGCUGCCGGCCGUGGGCACGGAGGAGCUGGCGCUGGACUCCCCCGGCUACGAGCCCCUGCCCGCGCCCUCCCCGACCAUAUGGUCGCCCUUCGAGCCCGCGGCCGCCCUGUCCGGGCUGGGCGGCGAGGCGGCGGGCGGCGCCGGGGCCCCGUGCCGCGGCAGCUGGCCCCCCACGCCCCGCCUGUCGCCCACCUUCCCCGAGGGCCUGGAGCGCCCGCCGGCCAGGCAGGACCACGGCGACCCGCCGGGCUGCGCCCGCCGGCCCGGGCUGCCCGUCUACGUCCCCGCCUUCUCCAACGGUACCAACAGCUACUCCUCGUCCAACGGCGGCUCCACGUCCAGCUCGCCCCCCGAGUGCCGGCGCAGGCACGACUGCGUCGUCUGCUUCGAGAGCGAGGCCCGCGCCGCCCUCCUGCCCUGCGGCCACAACCUCUUCUGCCUGCGGUGCGCCGGCCUCGUCUGCGGCAGGGACGCGCCCGCCUGCCCCGUGUGCCAGAGCGCGGUCACUCAGGCCAUCCAGAUCCACUCCUGAGCAGGCCCCGGGCCGCGGGGGCGCCGGUUCCACCGCCGGGCUCGCCCGGGGCCGGGCCGUCGCGGCCGCUGCGGUGACGCCGGCGCCGGGCGCGCUCUGCGGCUCCGUGCGGGCAGCGGGGCUCAGCAGAGAGCGAGCGGAGCGGGGGACGCUGCGGCGCGUGAGGGGAGGUUUCACCCGCGACACAGCGGCUGAAAACGCAAAUGUUCCGGGCCUCGUAAAGGGCCUCCGUCACGGCCACGCCUCUGUGCCGGCAGCCGGAGCCUCGCUGCCCCGCAGAGGCGUCGCCCGCCCUGGAGGGCUGCGGCACCGUCAGCCACCCACACUUCCAAUGCUGCCUUCUCUACACUGCCAGUGCUCAAAGCAGGUUUGGGGAAACUCCUUUUCUUUCGCUCCCUACCACCGCUGGCGCCUCACCCUCCGGCACUGCAAACACCUCCACCGGGACGCUGAGGCGCGGGCAGGGCCGGGUGUCCGAGGGCCGGGGCCCUCGGGGUGAGGGUGCUGACAUUCCGUUUGUCCGAUCAAGCUGUUCCGAAAUCACCUCCUAGCGAGUCUGCGGAUCAAAAUGUGAAGCAUCGUUAUGUCCAGUCCUCGUCUUGCACAUGGUAUAGAUUUAUGUUUUAUUUUUAGUAAGGAAAAGGAAAACCGGGGAGUUGUGCGCGUGCCCUGGCGUUGUUAAUCGUUUCUCAGCGGCUGUGGCCCUGCAAUCAGUUUGCUUCGUUUCAAAAAUGUCUUUCCGAUCAUGAGUUUAGAAAAGGAAAAAGGAAAAGAUAGUUUCUUGGAUACUCUUGCAUUUCAACCUGUGGAUGUUUCCAGCUCUUUCAUCCUCAGUAUGUUCCCAAAUCUGUGCUGGCAUAUGUUAAAGCAACAAGAAGAAGCAAACAGAACAAUAUGAAAAAACAAAACAAAAAAAGGAAGAAAGGAAAAGAAAAAUACAUAAAAAGUGGAGUUCUGGUGGAUUUUUUCUAUUUUUUUUUUUUUUUUUUUGGAAGCAUUAUUUUCCCAAGAGAAAGCUUUUUUCUCAGUAUAACAGAAAAAAACAAGACAUAAUGAAAUUACACGUAUGUUGAACUAGUAAAUACACAGAAAACUUUAUUUUUUAUUUCCACUUGAAGAGUUACAUUUCGUAUUAAAAGUUUACAGAUAACAGUUUUUAUUUUGUGAUUCCAAGUCUGGGAGCUGCCCUGAGGGCACGGGCCUGUCCUGCACCACUCCACGGCUCUGGGUACGAGCCAAGGCCCCAAGCAGGGCCGGUGUCCGAGCAUGGCCGGUGUCCGAGCAGGGCCGGUGUCUGAGUACGGCCCCUGUCCGAGCAGGGCCGGUGUCCGAGCAGGGCCAGUGUCUGAGUAUGGCCCCUGUCCGAGCAGGGCCGGUGUCUGAGCAGGGCCGGUGUCCGAGCAGGGCCGGUGUCUGAGUACGGCCCCUGUCCGAGCAGGGCCGGUGUCCGAGCAGGGCCAGUG